AUGUCCGCCAGAUCCAGCGCAGAGAUGGAAAAUACGCGUGCGAACACGUACAACAGUGCAUUCGCACACGGAGAGGGCAAGACGAGCCGCAUGACACCAGAAAAGGGCGAGGUGUCAGUGGUGAGCGGCGAGUUGCACCAGCUGGUGUCUUCUGUUGCAGCAGCAUUCGCGCCUGCAGAUGUCUCGCCUUCUGUUGAAGCUUGA